CUGCCCUAAGCGUCCACGACCUGGCGGUCCCAGGAAGUGACGUCACGCCCAAGUUCCGGUUCCGCCUGUUCCGGAACACUGGCGCGGAAGCGCGCCGUGCACGUGCGUUCCCGGGAUUCGCGUUGCGGUAGCCAUGGACGCUUUGGAUCGAGUCAUAAAGCCCAAAACGAAAAGAACCAAGAGAUUCCUUGAGAAGAGAGAACCGAAACUCAGUGAAAAUAUUAAAAAUGCUAUGCUGAUUAAAGGGGGAAAUGCAAAUUCAAUGGUGACACAAGUACUUAAAGAUGUGUAUGCACUGAAAAAACCGUAUGGAGUUCUGUAUAAAAAGAAAAACAUUACAAGACCAUUUGAGGAUCAGACAUCGUUGGAAUUCUUUUCAAAGAAGUCAGAUUGUUCUUUAUUUAUGUUUGGCUCCCAUAAUAAGAAGCGGCCAAAUAAUCUAGUAAUAGGUCGUAUGUAUGACUACCAUGUGCUGGAUAUGAUUGAAUUGGGUAUCGAGAAGUUUGUCUCUCUAAAAGAUAUUAAGAAUAGUAAAUGUCCCGAGGGAACAAAACCCAUGUUAAUAUUUGCUGGUGAUGAUUUUGAUGUAACAGAAGACUACAGAAGGCUAAAAAGUCUUCUUAUUGAUUUCUUCAGAGGCCCCACGGUACCAAAUAUCCGCCUGGCUGGUUUAGAGUAUGUUCUGCACUUCACUGCAUUGAAUGGCAAGAUUUACUUUCGAAGCUAUAAGUUGCUGUUGAAGAAAUCUGGUUGUAGAACACCAAGGAUUGAAUUGGAAGAGAUGGGUCCCUCAUUGGAUCUGGUUCUGAGGAGGACACAUCUGGCAUCAGAUGAUCUUUAUAAAUUAUCUAUGAAAAUGCCAAAAGCGCUCAAGCCAAAGAAGAAGAAAAAUGUCUCCCAUGAUACUUUUGGUACAACUUAUGGAAGGAUUCAUAUGCAGAAGCAAGACCUAAGCAAACUACAAACCAGGAAAAUGAAGGGUUUGAAGAAGCGACCUGCAGAAAGGAUAACAGAAGACCAAGAGAAAAAAUCAAAGAGAAUUAAAAAAAACUGAUGGAACUUAGCCAGUGACUAUAAUGUUAUUGUAGUCUGUUUACUUAAGAGAAUUAUCAAUUAUCAGUCACUUCUAAGUUUCUUAAAGAUUUUAUUAAAUAUUUUUGUAGUGUGGUAAUUUACCUAAACUAUAUAUUAUAUAUAUUAUGAACACUAAUCUACUAGUAUGAGGUUGAAAGUAAGCCUCUUUGAGAUACAUCCUGGUGGGCCAUUUUCUCUCUGUGUUAAUGGUAUUCCCUCUGCCCCCUCCCCUCCAGGGUUGAUAGGUGAGGAGGGAUCUCCCAAACAGCCAUUGGUAUUUUAUUUUAUUUUAUUUAUUUAUUUUUUUAAAGAUUUUAUUUAUUUAUUUGAGAGAGAGAGAAUGAGAGACAGAUAGCAAGAGAGGGAAGAGGGUCAGAGGGAGAAGCAGACCCCCCACCGAGCAGGGAGCCGGAUGUGGGACUCGAUUCCGGGACUCCAGGAUCAUGACCUGAGCCGAAGGCAGUCGCUUAACCAACUGAGCCACCCAGGUGCCCCAGCCAUUGGUAUUUUAAAGAAUUUCUGGGUUAAGCUUUCGAUAAAGGGAGAAAGCCAUGGAAAGUAGAAAUGGCCCAAAGGAACUGUAUACACACUUAGUAGUAUGAGUUACCUGGAAAGUUAACCCCAUCUGCCAACACAUGCCUACAACCUGACUUUUGUUUUUCAGUCUUCUGUUACUUUGCCUGAAAUUUUGCCAGUUAGAGAUUCAUUUGAGUUUUUUAACUUUGUGUCUUAAAACAUUUCUCUUAAGAGCAUGUCCACUAAUUUUCUACCAUCUCCAUCCCCCCCCCCCCCAAAGAACCACUGAUCUUCACAGUUAUACAGUAAACUAAAGGAAGUGCCUGUGAGGAAGUCCAGCAGAGAAGACCCAGCACGCUGUGGAGCAAAACAAAUCUGAGAUUGGAUAGAUUGAGGAGGGCACGAAGAACAAUUUCACUUUAACCUCAUCAGCCCUGCCCAUGUGACACAGUUCCCCACCAAGAGAAACCUUCCAGCCUGUGAUUUCCCCGUGGAGGGCAGGGAGAACAUGUGAGUGAGCAGUGGCUCCCCCAGCUCUGAGGAUGCUGCCACAGAGAACCCUCUUUCUAGCCCCACCCAGAAUACUGAGAUAUACUGCUCAAUGGGGGAGUGGGGUGCACCUAGGAGAACCGCACCCAGGGCUCUUGGAGGGCAGUAAACCAACAUGGACCAUACAAACCACGGCACAGCCUCCAUUAGGAAUCUGCCCAUGAGCCACUGGAGAUGGCCUGCCUGCAGACCCCCACAAAUGGUCCACGACACACACAAUACUCAGUCCCUCGCGCAUAUAUCAUCCCACCCUGUGGCCUGCCACCAGCAUACACAGGAGGGCAACACGAGGGAGCUUCUGGAAGGGGCUAGUGAGCGUGUGCAGAAAGCAGCCCCACUCUCCCGGAUUGGGAGAAAUCACAUAGAUUCAGUCAGCAGGGUCCUAGAGAAAGCAAACAAAAGGGAGACUCUCAGCACCCAGUCUGGCUUCACAGGAUGAAGAGAAGGCCUUAAAGUUUGUACUACCCUGUCCCAGGCAGUAGGAGACAAAUCGCCAACCAUGGUGAAGAUUUAAAGCCUGAAUGUGUCUGGAUCUGAGCUAUGUAUUCAUUGCACACUCUGGCUAAAGCGCUUUUUUUCUUUCACUGCAUCAGUUCUCACCUAAGUAUGAUCAAGCAUUCAAACCUGUAGGAACUGCAUCCUCUGUCUUGCUUCUAACUUAAGAAGAAAUAAACUAAUAAUACGGAA